CUUGUAAAUGGAACGCAACAGCCUCUGAAUUACGCAGAACACUCUGCCGGAUUCUCUCCCUUUUCUUCCCAACACAAAUCUUGAUUUCCCUUCGCAACUUCCUUGCUGAUUAUCGCAUCAGGUUUUUCUGUAAAUACGUGCAAAAUGUCCGAGACAAAUGUGGGUUCCAAAGACCUUAAUCUUGUGGAUAAUGAUCAAAAAGUUGAAGUAAACAAUGACUCAUCUUCACAAGAAAUCCCAAAGGAUUUAGAAAAAGCAGAGGACAAUCCCAUGCCCACACCAGCCCAAGAGGAAGCUGUAAUCAAGAAAAAAUAUGGUGGAUUACUACCAAGAAAAACCCCUUUAAUCUCAAAGGAUCAUGAUCGUGCUUUCUUUGAUUCUGCAGAUUGGGCACUAGGAAAGGGGUCACAAAAGAGCAAAGGACCUUUAGAGGCACUACGCCCAAAAUUGCAGCCUACGCCACAUCAGCAAGUUCGUUCAAGACGAUCAUCCUACGCUCCUGCAGAUGAAGGAGAAGUAGAUGAUGGUAGCUUAAAUCUAACUGCUUCAGAGGAUCAAGGGCAAGAAUUGGAAUUAAGUAUGGAUGACAAAUCUCAUUCUGAAGAUCAAAACCAUAUGAUCUGAUUUUUUUUUUUGAAGUUUUGAAGGAACAAAAACCAUCACUGGUAUUAAUAACAUUUGCAUGAAUUUUGCAGCUAUUGUUUCAUAACCAAGAAACACAUACAUGUCUCGUGAUAUUAUAUCCUCUGUUGUAUGAUGGGAAAAAUAAACUUAUGUUACUUUUUUACUUGUAUUAUUUCCUCUAUUGAUGUUGUAUCAGUGUUAUCUUUU